AUGCCGAAUUUGGAGCAAAUGAAUGACUUACUUACCCGUCCAACUUUUUUCCCUAAUCCAGCCGACCCCGUCCAGGACCUGUAUAUCCGUGAACUCGCUGCCUACAAGCCCACUCCCCGCAAGGCCAACGACGCCGAAGGCCAUGUCCAGAAGUUUUCACCUCCCGCCGCUCCCCAAUCCCCCGAGGAGGCUAACAUCACCGCUGAGCUGAAGGCCUACGAGUCCCAGGCUGUCGAGGUUGAGGGCCAGGGUCAGGAAGCCGGCCAGCCCACCCCGGUUGAGGAGGACUGGCUCGAGAUGGAUGAGGAGAAACCUGCUGCUCACUAA